AAUGCUCGUGUCACACCAGCCCCUUUCGAUUAGUAGAGUUUUCCACUGGAAAAAGUUGUGCAACACCGAGUGCAAUUUCCACUGUGAAAAUCAGUUUUCAUGUAUUUUCAGUAUUUAAUAUUCUACUGACAAACUUGCACUUGGUACAUACAACUUUUUCUCCACUGUCUUUAAAGACGGUGGAAGACCAUGUAAUAUUACGUUAAGGUGAAGUUAUAAAAAUGGACAAUAGCAAUUAAACGGAUGUAUAUUAUUAUAUAUAGUGAAAUUAUAAUGAAAUAGAAUCAAGCGAGAGAAAACUUGGAAUUCACUUUGAUAAAAUUUCACUAACAUGAUUGGUUGAUCGACCGUGACUGGCGUGGGAAAACUGUGUGAUCAACUACGCUCCGGUCACAAGAAGUGGAGCCGCUGGUGUGAUGCAGGCGUAAUAGAAAAUAGCCGAGAAUCGCGUGUUUACGUCACACACAAGUGCAAUGUGUAACAUGUAUCAAUUCUUUUUCUAUGAAUCACUUGGAGCAGGCCGCUAAUAAUGAAGGUGCUAGAGCUGUACAGUGGCAUUGGAGGAAUGCAUUAUGCGCUCCAGGAGAGCGGAGUUGCGGCGAGAGUCGUCGCGGCAGUCGACAUAAACCCCGUUGCCAACGACGUUUACCGUCACAAUUUUCCAGAAGUCGCUCUUAUGAACAGGAACAUACAGUCCGUCACUGCGCAGGAAUUGAACAAGCUGGAUAUAGAUGUUAUACUCAUGAGCCCCCCGUGUCAGCCUUUCACUAGAACAGGACUGAGGAAGGACACGCUUGAUAACAGGACCUGCUCCUUGCAGCACAUCUUGAACCUGAUACCAGAAUUGCGAGACUUAAAGUACAUCUUGCUCGAGAACGUUAGAGGCUUCGAAACGUCUCGAAUGAGGCGCGAGCUAGUGGAUUGCAUCGAGAGUUGCGGAUACACGUACAGAGAAUUGAUACUGAGCCCGUGUCAAUUUGGUGUACCGAACAGUAGGACGAGAUAUUAUUUACUGGCGAAACGAAAUAAUCUGAAAUUCCGUUUCGCACAGCCCUCGCUGGGGGACGAGGAUUCGCCGCCGCCUGAAUCGUUGGACUCGCUGCCGAAAAGCAGGCACUCGGUAUUAGCGGAGAAGAGGGGCAAGAUUAAUCCGAGAUCCGGUAGAUUGUGUUACACAUUGGCCAGCAUUUUGGAACGUGUCGAGGACCCGAGGUACCUGCUGCCCCCCGAAGUGUUGCAAAAGAGAUCGCAGGUGUUAGAUAUACGAACGUCCGAGAGCAGUGGCUCCUGUUGCUUCACCAAAGGGUACGGCCAUUACGUGGAGGGUACGGGAUCUGUGUACUGUCCGUUCACAGACGAGACAGUCCUAUUGAGGUAUAACGAGGUCGGCCGCGAGACCGACUCGGACGAGAAGACGCGGAUCUUGGCCGACCUGAAGCUCAGGUUCUUCUCGCCCAAGGAGGUGUGCCGGUUGAUGUGCUUCCCGGAAGACUUCCAGUUUCCAGAGCACAUCACGGACAGGCAGAGAUACCGGCUGCUGGGAAAUUCAAUCAACGUUCACGUAGUCGGCAGAUUAAUACAUUUAUUAUGUACCGAAAGUUAAGAUACAUGAAAAAGCAAUGGAAAAAAAAA